AUGGAUUCAGUAUCAGCUGGUUACACAUUUAUUGCCUAUAUUAGGUAUUGCAAAACUAGAUAUUUUUGGAUAACUUGUAUUCCUCAGAAUCAAUCGACAAGCCAACUAUAAAACAAUCUUUGGAGGUUGUGCUUCUAUUGCAGUUAUGAGUGUAAUGAUUCUCAUUUUCAUUACAAAUUUUAUUUCUUUCAUUCAAAAAGAGCAAUUGAAAGUUGUCUCUAUAUCUGAAUAUGAAGAUGUCAUUGACAAUAUCUCAUUUCAAGAUUCACAAUUUCUUUUUGCCAUUAAAAUCGAAUAGCUUAAUUUUAUUUAAAGACCAUACUUUAAUAUCACUAUGAAAUAAAAGUAAUGCUUAAUGCCCAUCUAAGACUCUACUUUAGAAACACAGAAGGUGAUGUGAAGAAAGAAACAAUAGACAUUUAAUUAGUUCCAUGUACUUUAGAUCGUUACACGUAAAUAUUUUCAGAAUACAAUAUCAAUUUUACUUAGUAAUUUUAAUAACUUCAUCUGUCAGACUUCUUAUGUCCAAGGUACGUAUAUAAAUAUAUGAUAGCAUAAAUACUAACAUCUUGAUUGGAGGUACCUACUCAAGUAAAAUUAAUAUCCUAUAACACAUUAGGCAAUCAAUUUGAUUUCAUAGAACUAUCUAUUAUUUAGUGUUAAAAUAAUUCACAGAAUUUGUGGAAUCCAAUUUGUGAUAAUCCCAUUGACACUAGUUAUAAAGUAAGAUUGUAUACAGUAAAUUAAGUAUCAAAUUUAUUUUCAUUAAGAAUAUUAACCCCUAUAAGCCAAAAGAUUCUUAUAUUUAGCCAUUUUUGGACGAUUCUUUGUCAUUUACUAUAAAUUUAAACUCAACUAAGUUUGCCAACAUAUACUUUACAAAAUAUGAAUUUCAAAAUGACGAAAGCCUUCUACCAAUAAGGUACACAAAAAUUGAUAUAAUUUUAUAGUAUGAUUGAGGAAAGGACUUUUUUUGUAUUAGAUUCUUCGGAUAUUCAAUAAGAUACUACAGAAAUAGAUGAAAAUUCAUUAGCCAAAUUGCAAUUACGCAAAAAACCCUUUAAAACAAGAUUUUUACGGCAAUAUUAAAAAUUAGAUGAAUUACUUUCCAACAUUGGUGGAAUACUUUAAAUUAUGACAUUUUUUAUUGGACUGCUAGUGACUAUCUAUAAUAGAGUUAAUUGUAUCUAUAUAUUCAUAAAUAUAACAGACAUGGUUGAAUUAUCCAAUAGAAUUUAUGACUUUAGUGUUGAUGAUUCAUAUUAAAAAAAGAUUUAUUCAGACAAUUUAUAAAUUUUAACAGAAUAACAGAAAAAUGAAAGGCUGGGACUUGACUCUAAGAUAUAAACUUCAAAUCAAAGAAUAAUGACAGAGAACGAUCAAUGUGAUAAUUGUAUUGAAUCAUAUAAGGAGGAAUAGAAGAAUUUUUAAAAGGAAGGUUUGUCUUUUAGACUAAACUUUACGACUGGUUUAGAUUACUUUUCUAAUUAGUUAUAAAAAAUGUUUGAGAAAAAGAAACCUAUUUCAUUGGAUUUUUAAAUCUUUUUGAAUUAUAUUACAUGCAACUUUCUAUUUAAGGAGGUUCCAAAAGUUAAAUUAAUGAAUAAAGCAUAGUAAGACAUACAUCUCUAAAUUAGCGAAUAAAUAAUUUCUUAAUCAGAUAUUUAUUCAAUAUUGUCUAGGUUGAAUGAAAUAGAUAAAUUGAAAGAGGUAAUGCUGACUCCAAAACAAUUAGUGAUGUUUAAUUUCACUCCAAAGAAGUUAAUUACAUUGGAGGAUGAGGAUCUGAAAAUAGAUAGAAAUAUGGUGGAAUCUUAGAAUAAGUCUUCGAAAGAUAAGUAAUAUUAGUUUUAUAAUGACAAGAUAGAUCGAGUUUCUCAUUUAUGCUAAAAUGAUGUUGAAGAUGAAAAGGUAAAAUAAAAAUGAAAAGAACACAAGAUCUAUUAGGUCAAACAAGAGGGCAAGUUUUCUGCCUUAACCGCUUGAUAAUUAUGUUUAUUAACAAAUCUAUAGUGUAAGAUAAUUAGUAAAUGGUGUAGGCUUAUGAUGAGAUCUUCAAGAAUAAGAACCAAUAGGAAACUCUGAAUUCCUAGUUAAUAUCCAUGUUAGGACCAGAAAUGGAAAUGAUUUAUAAAGUUGGCAAAAUAAUAGAUUAAAAUGUUAGACCAAUGACGAAGAGUCACAAGAAACUAAUAUCAUCGGAUAAUUAAUAGAAGGGUCUCAUAAGAGAGGAAGAUGAUUUUAAGGAUGAAUGA